CUGCCGGAACGAUCGGAUAUUUUUGAAAGAAAGAAACAGAGCAAAAUCGGUGAGAACUGAGAAGGGAAAGGGAAACAACACCUAGAGAGAGAGAACGCGGCAGCGAAGUCUCACAGUCAGGGGGGAGAGACAGAGAAUGGAGAAUCAAAACGAGACGAAUGGUGGUGAGGCAGAGGCCAACAAGCCCGUGCGUGUUUACGCUGAUGGAAUCUAUGAUCUCUUCCACUUCGGUCAUGCUCGCUCCCUUGAGCAGGCCAAGAAACUGUUCCCGAAUACCUACCUACUUGUUGGAUGCUGCAAUGAUGAGACCACUCACAAGUAUAAAGGCAAAACUGUCAUGACCGAAUCUGAGCGCUAUGAAUCUCUUCGCCACUGCAGAUGGGUUGAUGAGGUUAUUCCUGAUGCUCCCUGGGUGAUGACACAAGAGUUCCUUGACAAGCAUAAAAUUGAUUAUGUGGCUCACGAUUCUCUUCCUUAUGCUGAUGCAAGUGGAGCUGGAAAGGAUGUCUAUGAAUUUGUUAAAUCCAUUGGCAAGUUCAAGGAAACCAAGCGGACCAAGGGGAUCUCUACAUCAGAUAUUAUAAUGAGGAUCCUCAAGGAUUAUAACCAGUAUGUGAUGCGGAACUUGGCCCGUGGAUAUUCAAGGAAGGAACUGGGAGUUAGUUAUGUGAAGGAGAAGCGGCUGAGAGUGAAUAUGGGUUUAAGGAAACUACAGGAGAAAGUGAAGCAACAACAAGAAAAAGUUGGUGAAAAGAUACAAACUGUGGCAAAAACUGCUCGAAUGCAUCGUAAUAUCUGGGUGGAGAAUGCAGAUAGUUGGGUCGCUGGUUUCCUCGAGAUGUUUGAGGAAGGUUGCCACAAAAUGGGAACAGCUAUCAGAGACCAUAUUCAAGAGCGAUUGAAGGGACAGCAGGCAAGGGGGCUCAUGUAUCUGCCAGAUGAUGAUAAAGAUGAGGAUGGGGAUGAGUAUGACUAUGAAGAAUACUACGAUGAUGAUGAGAAUGGAGAAGAAGAAGAAGGAGAAGAAGAAGAAGAAAAAUAGGAAUACUAUGAUGAAAACGAUGAAAAAGAAGACAAAAAGUAGGGAGGUUCCUCCCUAGCAUACAAUAGGUGAUAAUAUUAUGUUGGUAUCUGUGGUGGUGUUAUGUAAAAAGAAUCUACUAGUAUAGUUAGAAAGGAUUACAGAAGCAGUGAGAUCAAAGUCUGUUUGCUGAGACCAUCAUGGAGUUCAACUUUGAGAGUUAAAAAGAAAAAUUAGAAAAGAAAUUCCUUACAACUUCUUUCUUCA